UGUGUGCACAAAAUGAGAGAAAUAAGCUUUUUGGAACAUUUCUGGGAUCUUUAAAUUCAGAUUAUGAAACAUGGGACCAACACUUUACAUGUUGCGUUUAUAUUUUUGUUCAGUUUACAUAGUAAGUUGCUAUAAGAAUGUUUUGCAAACGUUUGAGUCCACUGAUCUGCAUAGCUGCAUCUUGAUGAGUAAAUAGGAGCAUAGCUAUAGAUGAACUACACUUGUGAAAUAGGUGUAAAAGUUAAAUGGUGCAAAUUGGCUACCUUUACGCACCAGAUGUCCAAAUUAACAGGAUUGAUAGAGGGGGUUUAUGACCAAACACUGGACUGGAUACUAUCAAUUAUUGUUAUAAUAAUCCAAAAUUCAGUCUGCUUUGUGUUCAUGUAAAGGUUAUUAUAGUUCUGUGGUUUUAUAUUCAGUUUUUGUCUCAGUUUUCAGAUCCACUUUGCUAGUUUUUAUUUCGUUUGUUUUAUAUUAUUUUGUUUCAGUUUUAGUGUUAAACUUACUGUAUGCCUCCCAGUCUAAACAGUUUGUGUGCAUAUUUUAUGUCAAGCCAGGGUAAGCCUACACAAAACACAGCCCUCAUUUUAAGUCUUUCUAAAAUCCCCUAUGAGAGAAAUUAAUGGUGCAAAAACGACUAAUUUCCCUGUUUGACCGCCAGGUUUUAUGGGUAUUAUGACACCUCCACCGUGGGGCUCUAUAGGGUGGUUGGAUUAAUAUAAACUAAAUAAUAGCUCAUAAUGUGAGUCCUGACACAGACAUCUGCUUCUCACGGUUAAAAAAAAGAGGACGUCCUCUUGCCAAUGGCUGAAGUCUAACCCGUGCGCAGACCCGUUUCUUGCGGUUCGUUGUUUAACUCGCCUUGAUAACCAGUUAUUCGGUGUUCAAGGGAUAGACAUCUUGCAAGAUGAUUUUUUUAGGCUUCUUGGUGAUUUUGAGGUCAGUCCAAGCUGUGUCUGUGCCUACCUUCUCCUCCGUGUAUGAGCUGAAGGUGGGGUACGGAGACAAUGUCACCCUCCCCUGUAACUUUUCCUCCUACCUGGGCCAGGAGGAUGAGGGGGAGGUCCGCUGGGAGGCCAUGGGGCAGGAGGUGGCCUCUAUGGAGGUUGGGAACAUCCUUGGUGAGGCCAGAUGGGACGACGGGGCCAAGGGGGUGGAGGUCAAAACGACACUGGGGUUCUCUUCCCGGGUGGAAUUCCCCCCAGCAGAGAGGAUGAGAGAUGGAGACUUCUCUAUGACCAUCCAGGAGACAGUGCUGAGCGAUGAGGAGAUGUACGAGUGUAUCUGGCUGGGCCGCAAGACCAUCUCUACGGUCUGGCUCAAGGUUCAGGAGCCCGACCCUCCACGCUCUAUCACGCUGUUCAAGGGAAGCCCGGUCACUCUGCCCUGCUACGGUGUCAUCCCCAAGACCCAGCCCACCAGCCAGAUCUACGUCCAAUGGCUGAAGGACGAUGUGGAGAUCAUGACCCUUAACCCUGGCCCAGACGACAAGGGACCUAAGGAAGAAGACCUCCGUCUCUCUCUCCCACCCAACAACCUGCUGGAGAAUGGUGACCUGUCCUUGUUUAUCUACAAGACGGAGCUCAAAGACCAGGGAGUCUAUCGCUGCUUCUACAAGUCCAGGGGCUUCGAGGACCCUAAGAGUGGGAUACCAGAGGGUGUCUCUCUGACCAUCCUAGAGCCAUACACUGACUUAUAUAACUUAACAGGAACAGAGAAUGUCACCAGUAGCUCAGACUUCAGUGGGACUAGCGGUGACAGUGAGAACCCAAUAACAUUCUUCACUUUGGUGACCCAAGAUAAGGAGGAUAUGCAAGUGACGACAUCUGAGCCAAUACUAGUGCAGACAGAGAUGACACCAUCAUCACCUGACGCAACCUUCGAGGAUCCAGAAGACGUGUUGGCAGUGUGGGCAAAGACCCUUCCGCUAGUGCGUCUCGGGAUAAUCACCGGGGUUCUGCUGGUUACAGCUCUGAUCUUCUUCCCUCUGCUGGCUCUCAACAAGAUUCCAUCCUAGACCCACAUUAGGAAGAGAGGGUAGACACAAGGGUUAGGGCAAGGUCAUUCAAUUAUGGUUCUGGAGGGCUGAAAAACAUAGUUUUCAUUCUCUUUUAAUCAGACUGAUUCAGAUUUGGGUCUAUCUGGUGACUCUUGGCCAGUCAAUUACAUCAAAUGAUAAUUCAUUCAGGACUAGUAACUUUUUAAAGUGUAUACAGUGCAUUCGUAAGGUAUUCAGACCCCUUUGAUUUUUCCACAUUUUGUUACUUAUUCUAAAAUAUAUUACAUUCUUUUUUUCUUUCAUCAAUCUACACAC